GAAGCCACUACCCCCACUCCCCCGUCUCUUUGCUCUUCCAAACAUCACAUAUAGCACCCCAAAAAAGCCAACCGACAGCACUGAGCCAACAUCAAAAACCCAAUAGACCGGGAAGGAUGCCAACUCACAAACUAAAUCUUUUCUUCCUCUGUCUCUGCUUGUCGAUCACGCUAUCAUGUGAGAUCCAACUCAUACUGGUUAACAAUUGCAACCACAGCGUGUGGCCUGGGACACUCGGCAAUGCAGGGCAACCGACCCCAGAAGAUGGAGGCUUCCAUCUUGAUGCGUUCGAGGAGACAUUCUUCGAUGUGCCUCCCGGCUGGUCUGGGAGGAUAUGGGCCAGAAAAGGCUGCUGCUUUGACAAACAAGGCAAGGGCUCCUGCGACACGGGGGAUUGCGGCGGGCGACUCCAUUGCCAGGGCAUGAGUGGAGCACCACCAGCCACCGUUGUUGAGAUGACCUUUGGCACCACCAGAUCACCACUGCACUACUAUGAUGUGAGCUUGGUGGAUGGCUUCAAUCUUCCAGUUACAAUGAAACCAAUCGGGGGAGGAAUCGGGUGCGGUGUGGCAGGAUGCGAGGUGGACCUGAACGUCUGCUGCCCUUUCAAGUUUGAGGAGAGGCGGCAAGGGAAGGUGGUUGGGUGUAAGAGUGCAUGCCUGGCUCUGAAGACGGACAAGUAUUGCUGCACCGGGGAUUACAGUUCCCCAAGGAGCUGCAAGCCAACACUUUUCUCCCACAUCUUCAAGUCCAUAUGCCCCCACGCAUACAGCUUUGCCUAUGAUGACCCCACGAGCUUGAGAACAUGCAGGGCAUCACGAUAUCUCAUUACCUUCUGCCCUCCUGCAAGGUGAAGGCAUGGGGAUUAAUAUCCGUGUUUGCAUCUGAACAGUAAUAAUAGUCACAUGUGCCUUUCAAGUUCUAUCUAUUUUGUAAUCAGGUUUUCUAGGAAUGCUGGUCUUCUGUGUUCAUGUAUUGUAUGAUUGCACAUGUAAAGUUUCUGCCAAUAAUUGACUGGGGAAAUAAAAGAAAUUUAUGUA